AGUUUGGUCGUCGUCAGCUGACGGAAGAAAAAGUAAACAAAAAUAUACUAUGCAAUAUGCGUUCACGGAACAGGCAUUUGACCAAAGUACAUACAUACGUGUGUUGGACAACAUAGCUGAGCCGGGUUUAAAAAGUGAUUUCUAUUACUUUUACUGAAAUGGAAGACCGUGAAGUGUUAUCGAAAAUGAAUUACCCCAUUUACGCAAAUGUGCUCAUGUCGGUAGUCUCUUAUUUUUUGACAGUCCGAUUGAUACCAAAGUUUAGAGAUAUGUUCAUCAAAGGUAACCUCUAUGGCAUAGAUAUGAACAAGAAGGACGGUGGUAAAGUACCAGAGGCAUUGGGUGUCGUGACAGGAUGUGUGUUUCUUAUCACAAUGUUUUUAUUCAUUCCCGUUCCAUUUACCGACUACAUAUUCAAGAAUGCGGACUUUCCUCAUAAUGAGUUUGUCGAGAUGUUGGCGGCUCUUUUAUCGAUAUGCUGCAUGUUAUUGUUGGGAUUUGCCGAUGAUGUCUUAGACCUGCGGUGGAGGCAUAAGUUACUAUUGCCCACAAUUGCAUCAUUGCCACUGUUGAUGGUUUACUACGUGAACUUUAAUUCGACUUUGAUCAUAGUUCCAAAACCGCUACGACCAUGGUUCGGUUUGUCAGUUGAUCUGUGGCUGCUUUACUACGUUUACAUGGGGAUGCUAGCGGUAUUUUGUACAAAUGCUAUAAAUAUAUUGGCUGGUGUCAACGGACUGGAAGUUGGGCAGAGCUUGGUAAUAGCAGCCAGCAUAUCAAUCUUCAAUUUAGUCGAAUUAUCUGGGAACGUGUGGAAAGCGCAUCAGUUUUCAUUGUAUUUCAUGCUACCGUACAUGGCAACGUCACUUGCACUUUUCAAACACAACUGGUAUCCGUCGCAGGUAUUCGUCGGAGACACGUUUUGCUAUCUUUCCGGAAUGACCUUUGCAGUGGUCGGCAUAUUGGGUCACUUCAGUAAAACUAUUCUACUAUUCUUCAUACCGCAAAUUAUAAACUUCUUGUACAGCAUACCGCAACUAUUUCAUUUGGUACCUUGUCCGAGACACAGACUUCCUAGAUAUAACAAAGAAACGGACAAGCUGGAUAUCAGUGUUACAGUUUUUAAAAAAUCAGAGCUCAACGUGCUUGCUAAGCUUUGCUUGUGGGUAUUUCGCACAUUGAAGAUAGUAAGUUGGAAGGAAGACAAAACUGGUUUGGUGACAUGUAACAAUUUAACGUUGAUCAAUUUUAUACUGUAUAUGAUUGGUCCAACAUCUGAGCCAAGUUUAACUAUAAUCCUCAUACUUAUUCAGAUUAUGAGCAGUGUAUUGGCAUUCAUGAUCAGGUAUCCACUUGCGUCAGUGUUUUACGAUAUUUAGAUGAGAGUUAUUUUACGCAAUGAAAUUCGAAUUUGGAUAUCUUAAGAAUAAGCACCACGGGUCUUGAUACUAAUCAAAUUUAUGCAUAUUGCAUUCUGUUAUACCAAAACUUAAUGAUCAUAAUGAUCACAAAAAGCUUUACUACUCUGUAUAUAUAUAUAUAUAUAUAUUAAAUAUUAUAUUAUCAAGACGAAAAUCGUAUCUUUUAUUGCCUGGAAUAUAAUUGUACAUAAAUAUUACCUGUAUAUUAAGUGAGGCAACUAAUAGCUUGAGUAUGUACUAUUUACAUAUCAAUAAAAACAUGGAUGUUAAAAUGUUCACUUUAAAUUAGUCAGUUAAGAAUGGCUUGUUUAAAAAUGAUCACUAUGAAGUCAGUAGAUCUGUUUAAAAUUAUCACUGGAAUUAGUAUAGGUAAAUAUAUGCAGUAUAUUGCAAGGAAAAAAUUUCUUUCCCACAUUAAUUUUAAAUCGUUACUUACGCCAUAGUAAUGUAGCUUUUUUGUAAGACUUCAAAAACUUUAGAACCAAAUUGGUACAUUUCUACGAAAGAAUAUGUGAUUAGCUGCGAUGUAAAAUAUAUACAUAUAUAUAUACGAUGCUGCGUUACACCGUGUUUCUCGUGUGUUCAUUAUUCAUAAAAUAACGUAUAUUUGUCUUCAAAAAGCAGAUAUUGAGUUAAAAUUUGCCCUAAGAUAUUUACGAGAAAACGUUGUUAUAUUUGGAUUUCCUGUGCUCAUUCUGAGGAAAGUGUUGGUAUCAGGUAUUCAUAAUGCUGAAUAUUUAAUUAGUUUUAUUUUUUUUUUUUCACGAUACUAUCAGUAUACAUUGAAACAUGACCGUGCAGGAAUAUACAUUUUUUUCACCACAUCCUUAUAAAAAACGUAACAUACUUACUAUACGUACAACAUACAUAUAUCUGUUAAAACUUAUAAUUCAUGAUUUACUAUCACAUAUUUUUUCCCCAAGCAUGGUAGCUAAACUCGCAAUGUUACUUCACAAAUGGAGACCGACAAAGUGUUGAAGCUGCAUUGCAACGAGUUCGCUCAGCAAAACUGGUAAAAUAUAGAAAUCUUCUGAAAGGUUAGCAUUGUGGCACAUCUUUCAACUUAUUUUGCUUUAUUGAUCUGAACUCCAUUU